AUGGAUCAGAUCCUGGGCGGGACAAACAACCAGCUGAAGGCGCAGGACACUCCGGAGAGUCGGUGCAGAUCAGUGCUGGAUCAGGACAUUUCCAGCAGGAGCAGAGGACGCACAGAGCUCAUGUUCCACAAUGAGACUGCAGAGCAAAGUUAAAAACCCCACUGCGAACUGCGUCAGGUAGUCUGCUGCUGCAGGACUGUAACCAUGUAGGCACCUUGUGUUGAACUCAGAGGGACGUGCGUGUGAGGAGAAGCUCGCAGGGUUGCGAGGUGAACUCCCGGUGCAGGACAAACUCAGAGGUUUAUUUGUGCUCUUGGAACGAACAUGGCUCGACUCCGGAGGAAAGCGUGCAUCGCCCUGUUCCUCUUUACGCUUUUCAUCUUUGGCACCAUGAUGGGACUGAGGACCCUGAAGCCACCCAGCGACGGUUUCUCGGAUCUGGCUCCGGGCUUGGAGCUCCUGCCGAUGUUCGCUGGGAAAUUGGACCGGCGCUCCGUGUCCCGUGGCACCACCGCGUCCCCGGGUCAAGCCCGCCCGGCCGGCAGCAUCACCAAAGCGGUUCUGUCCAACUCCGGCCCCGAGGGAACUAUAUUCUACGAUGUUCAUAUUUUCUACUACAGCUGGUACGGCAACCCGCAAAUGGACGGCAAGUACAUCCACUGGGACCACAUCCUGGUUCCGCACUGGGACCCCAAAAUCGCAUCCAGUUACCCGAGAGGGAGACACAUGCCGCACGAAGACAUCGGCUCCAGCUUCUACCCCGAUCUCAACCCGUACAGCUCCAGGGACCCGGACGUGCUGGAGUCCCACAUGGAGCAGAUCGGAGCGUCUGCAGCAGGGGUUCUGGUCCUGUCCUGGUAUCCUCCCGGCCUAGCUGACGACAAUGGGGAGCCCGCUGAGGAUUUGGUACCAGCUCUACUGGAUGCUGCAUAUAGACACAACCUCAAGGUUGCAUUUCACAUCCAGCCGUACCGAGGCCGGAACGACCAGAGCGUGCACGACAACAUCAAGUAUAUCAUUGACAGGUACGGUGACCACGGAGCCUUCUACAAGUUCACCUCCAACACCGGGAAGAGUCUUCCUCUGUUUUACAUCUACGACUCCUACCUAACGCCUCCAGAGGCCUGGUCUGAGUUCCUGACUCCCACCGGCUCCCACAGCGUUCGCGGCUCGGCCUACGACUCCAUCUUCAUCGCCCUGAUCGUGGAGGAGCGCCACAAGCACGACAUCCUCGCGGGUGGCUUCGACGGCAUGUACUCUUACUUCGCCUCCAAUGGCUUCUCGUUCGGCUCGUCUCACCAGAACUGGAAAGCAAUCAAAGCUUUCUGUGACGGCAACAACCUCGUCUUCAUCCCCAGCGUGGGGCCCGGUUACAUCGACACCAGCAUCCGGCCGUGGAACAAUCACAACACGCGCAACAGAGUGAACGGCCGCUACUACGAGACGGCCCUGCAGGCGGCGCUCAACGUGCGGCCGGAGAUCGUCACUAUCACGUCUUUUAACGAGUGGCACGAGGGGACGCAGAUAGAGAGGGCGAUGCCCAAAAAAACAGUGACCCGCGUGUACUUGGACUACCAGCCACAUGGACCCGACCACUACCUGGAGCUGACACGCCGCUGGGCGGAGCAGUUCAACAAAGAGAAGGAGCAGUGGCUCAUGUGAACUCAUGUGAAACAGCAUUAGAGGCUCACAUUGGGGGGAACAAAACGAGAUGAGACAGAAUGUAAAGACUGAUCCGUAAGUAAAGAUGGACGAUGUGACAGCUCCCCAAAACUGAAGCCAAAUUACCUUAAUCUCCCCCUAGUGGCUGACUGCAGUACAGGUCAUAAACCUGCCUCAGAUGGUGUUCAACAUGUUCUCACACUAAUAAGAAGUAUUCAUUUUUCAGGUAACUUUGGUUUUAAUAAGUUAUUUGAUGCUUUAAAAGCAGAGUGAAAAUUCAUGAUUGACAGCUGACACUGACUCUGGAUUGGUUGGGCACGAUUAUGGGUGGGACCCUUGUUACCGUGGCUCCACUCCAGGAUCGCUACUGCGGGAGGAGGAGGUGACAUGUCAGCCAUCUUUAUUUACAGUCUACAGUGUGACUGAAGAGAUAUACAUGAGUUUAUAAGGUUAUGCUUUUAAUUUUGAACUAAACCGGGUAUGAGAGUUCUUGUUAAUGUAUUUUGUGGACAGAUGCUGAUCUGCAAGAACAAGACGGGUUGAAGCUCCAUUAAAGAGUCAGUCUGGGGUUUGUUCUACGAGAAUAUAAAACUGUCUCUGAUGUUUUUACAGAUUUCAAAACGAGCUCAAACACUCCAACUGUAAAAACUACUGCCUGAAAUACUACGUGUCACCAUGCAACGUCCUCAUUUGCCCUCUCUAGAGUUAAAUGGAUCACAAUAGCAAUAGUGGGACACUUAUGGUUUAAAAUGGAAUGAGACCCUAACGUUGAUCUUUCCUUUACUCGGGUUCAGAGAACUUGUUUAAAUGAUGAGUACAUGGUGUUUUAAAAGCAGUGGGUGGGGGUUAAGUAUGUAAGAAAAGAGUUUUAUUAGCAUUAAAACUAGAAACAUGAAAAAGCUGCUACCUUGAUUCUGUCCAGCUGUAACUAAAUCUACCCACCAACACCUCUAAAGACUAAUAAAUGAACUAUUAAUA